GUUGAUGAUAAUGUUACCAGGCAUUUGGAUAGAGUGUUAAAAAGAGAAGACUGGGAUCUCCUAAUACUACAUUACCUGGGGUUGGACCACAUCGGACACAUGACUGGGCCAAACAGCCCCUUAGUGGGACCAAAACUUCGUGAAAUGGAUAACAUCUUGAAGAAGAUUCAUACAUCUCUUCUUUCAAAGGAAGAAGCCUCUCUGCCCAAUUUACUAGUGGUUUGUGGGGAUCAUGGGAUGUCUGAAACAGGGAGUCAUGGUGGUUCUUCAGAAGGAGAAGUGCACACUCCACUGCUGUUUGUCAGCUCCGCUUUUGAGAAGAGAAGCGGUCCUCUAACCCAACCUGAAGUUGUACAACAAACUGAUUUAGCUAGCACGCUGGCAGUAGGUCUUGGUCUACCAAUUUCAAGAAACAGUGUUGGGAACCUUAUAUUGCCAGUUGUGGAAGCCAAGACAAUGAGGGAACAGUUACGUUUUGUGCACUUGAAUGGCUUCCAGCUCAGCAGACUUCUGCAAGAGAAUACACCUGCGUAUGAAAAAG